AUGUCCAGCAUCAAGACUGCAGUACGACCAGCUGUGGUAUUGGCUACACAAGAUAAGCGAAGGCAACACUCGAACUCCUUCAGCUCGGAUCUAUCCAAAAUGUGGUACGACGACGAGGACAACAACGACAGCUGCUCUGGCGAGGACAAGGAAGACGAUGGAGAUACCGACAGCACCUUGAGCACAGAUAGUUCUGACGCGAUCGUCACGCCUGAGGCGUCACCUCAGCACCGCCAUGCGAUCUUGCAUGGUGAAGACGACGACGAUGCUGCUUCUGCUGCUGUUGUUCACGCGACCGUCGUCGGAGCUUUUGACGCCAACGGAAACUGGGCUUGGUCGACCCAGAACCCAAGGGCAGGGCGAGGGGGGCCACGCGAUCCAGCGCUGGCUGUUGACCCUGCAUCCAAAGUAUUUGCAUCAGUGAAGCCGGCUCUGAACGGGCAUGACAGAACGCAAAUUGUUAUGACAGGCGGCGGCAACAAGCUGUCCUGUCAACGCCAACUCUCCGACACUCUAUGGUCAGAUACAGGCAAUCUGACCCAAGGCUUGGUGCAGGAAGACGACAACGACAGUGACUCGUUCGAUGUCGUCGGCUACACUUCCUACCAUUCGCGCACCGCAUCUACAUCAAGAGCAGCGAGUGAGGCUCACAGCAUUGUUGUGCCCAUUCGCAUUCGUCUCGAAGAAGAUUCGUCGAGCGAUGAAAGCGAAUGCAGUUUCGUAACUACUUCCUCGAGUGGAAGUGAUUCGGAAGCACGCCGUCGAGCCAGCAUCAAUAUGCUUCAACGGCUUGGGAGAACAAUCACCAUUCCCGAACGGCGGACUUCAGCUAUUCGACUCGGACAAGGAGCUCCUAGACGACCACCGUCCCUGGACGAGUUCUCGAGUCGCGUCGUUGCUGGAGUGACAAGCCUUUCCGGAAGAAGCUCACCGCCGGGAACGGCUAUUCCUCAUCAGCAAGCGGUCAGCUGCCCGUCUCCGCUGCCUCUCCAACGAGCUUGGUUUGGCGAGGUCGAGGUGAUGGUGACUCCACCCUCACCGCAGAUGCCUGCCGAAAAGAUCCCUGGGGUUGUGCUCAAGAGCCCUCACAUGCCAUCUUCCGCCUCUUUCACUGACGCCUACGGACAACUGACUGCGCCUGCUUUUGACGUAGCGCCAGGAAGGCAGAUCUUGAUGGAAGAAAGAGAGCGUCAAGCCAAAGAAUGGCUUGAAAAAUUCAAGAGCCAGCAACAGGAGCGAAGAGCCUUACAUCUGGAAUUGGGAGCAGGUGUGGUUGCUCCACCCAUGGCCAACAUCGCGCAAGCUGCUGCUACAUUCACUCCGAGCAGCCCAACAUGUAGCCAAGCACCUCCUUUGCCGUUCAUCAGACCGCAGGACAGAAAUCCUACACCGAUGUUGCAACAGCACAAUGGUGCACCGCCCAUCCCACCGCGUCGACAUAGCUUCGCGCGGCGAGUCUCGGAGCAAACAGCGGCAGAUCAGACACUGGCCGAACAGAUUGGCAAGACUCAUUCGGACGUGGUCCAGGUCCCUAAACGCAUUCCCUCACCCAUCAAGAUUCCCAUGAGCAAGCCAAAGUGUCGUGUGCAACCUGUCUUCGUUGCUCCGCGACGCUCGCUGGUGGCCAGACUGAGCCUCCGCAGAUCUAGUAAAGAAUGGCUACCAGGACAAGCAGUGGCAUCGCAGUCUUCACAGAUCACUCGCAAGUCUGUGCCGCCGGUUUGA